AUGGAGGGUGCAGGACUGGACCUGGCCGGCCAUAAAACAGAGGCCGUUCUCAUCACGAGUAGGAAAAAGGUGGAGUAUGCGUCUUUCCAGGUGGGAAGUGCGACUAUGAAGUCGCAGGACUCAAUAAGGUAUCUUGGCGUGAUGCUGGACAACCGAUUGAGCUACCGUGCCAACCUCGAGUACGUCAGCCAGAAAGCCUCCAGGAUGCAGGCAGCCCUGUCGAGGAUUCUCCCCAACAUUGGGGGUCCAAAGGCAGGCCGGCGACUACUCCUGUCAAGAGUAGUGGCCUCGAUCCUGUUGUAUGCUGAUGACGCAGCUAUACGCAGAGCGCUCGGAGUUAGGAAGAAUGGCAGAGACCAUCCGAGCAUCGGCAAGACUGGCGUCGAUAGCAACAUGGCAGGCAAGGAGGAACACAGCCACUAA